AUGCCCCCCACAGCCCGGAAUGCCGUGGAGGAGAUAAAUUAUUGGAUUAAGUACGUCGACUGUGCCCUUUCCCACCCUCGGCCGUUGCCGAGCGGAAAACACAUCUACCACAGUGAUCUCAGUACCGUUCCGGAGGUUCGUGACCUCUACGACUGUUUGUACAAGCUCUACACGGAGGAGGGCGCGUCAGCGAACUUCAGGGAGCCAGUGAACGCACUCGAGCUUGGUGUUUUCAACUAUUACACCAUUGUGAAUGAGCCAAUGUCACUGCGCACUGUUUUAGAUCGCAUUGCGGAGGGUGGACACUACUCUCAAGCUUCCCAGGUGACGCAGGAUGUGGAAAGGAUAUGGAGCAACUGCGAGAAGUUUAACGGCCCCGACUCCGCUAUUGCUGCUGAGGCAAAGAAGUGUCAGGCGACACUGAUGACGCUGCGGGAGCGCCUCGCAGACGAGCAAAAUGCUCCUGCCGCUGAGGUUGAUAGGCUGGUCCGUGUCCUGGAGGACGCGGACGAUUCUAUCCUGGCCGCGCUGGAGAGGUAUUUCAGGAAAGAGGACCCGUCGCUUAUCCUCAGCGAGGGGGACCUGGAUGUGGGAGCCCUGAAGGUCAAGCACGUGAAGGCAAUGAAGGCGAUAUUUGAGCAGACGAUGAAUGGCGGCCGUCGUUGA